GGCACCGAACCCCACCAAGACAGAGAGGAAAUUCACAUCUGUGGGACGCUCCACACAGAACCACCUCCAGCGAGGGAGGCCAGGGGACUGCAGCACCGAGAUGAAGGGCUAGACCGAGGGAACGCUGCUCAUGCGACGGCCGGGAGCGCCUGCGAGCUGGAUCUGGUGGAGGAUGCUGCGGCAGGUGCUUCGCAGAGGGCUCCAGUCGUUCUGCCACAGGCUGGGUUUGUGCGUGAGCCGGCACCCGGUCUUUUUCCUCACCGUGCCCGCAGUCCUGACAAUCACCUUCGGCCUCAGCGCGCUCAACCGCUUCCAGCCCGAGGGCGACCUGGAGCGCCUGGUCGCUCCCAGCCACAGCCUGGCCAAGAUCGAGCGCAGCCUGGCCAGCAGCCUUUUCCCCCUGGACCAGUCCAAAAGCCAGCUCUAUUCGGACUUACACACCCCUGGGAGGUAUGGCAGGGUGAUCCUCCUCUCCCCAACCGGGGACAAUAUUUUGCUCCAGGCUGAGGGGAUCCUGCAGACCCACCGAGCCGUGCUGGAAAUGAAGGUGAACCACAAGGGCUAUAAUUAUACUUUUUCCCAUCUGUGUGUGUUGAGAAAUCAGGAUAAGAAAUGCGUGCUGGAUGAUAUUAUUUCAGUGCUAGAGGAUCUCAGGCAGGCUGCCGUCUCCAAUAAGACAACAGCCAGGGUGCAAGUGAGGUAUCCCAACACUAAAUUAAAGGAUGGGAGGAACAGUUUUAUUGGACACCAACUGGGCGGGGUAGUGGAAGUGCCAAACAGCAAAGAUCAGCGGGUCAAGUCAGCCAGAGCCAUUCAAAUCACCUACUACCUCCAGACCUAUGGCUCUGCCACCCAAGACCUCAUAGGGGAGAAGUGGGAGAAUGAGUUCUGUAAGCUUAUAAGGAAGCUCCAGGAGGAGCAUCAAGAACUCCAGCUCUACUCUUUAGCAUCCUUUAGCCUCUGGAGAGACUUUCAUAAGACCAGUAUCCUGGCCAGAAGCAAGGUCCUGGUGAGCCUCGUGCUGAUCCUGACCACAGCCACCCUCUCCAGCUCCAUGAAGGACUGCUUGCGCAGUAAGCCCUUCCUGGGCCUCCUGGGGGUGCUCACAGUAUGCAUCUCCAUCAUCACAGCAGCAGGGAUAUUCUUCAUCACCGAUGGAAAGUACAACUCCACCCUGCUGGGAAUCCCGUUCUUCGCCAUGGGUCAUGGAACUAAAGGAGUGUUUGAGCUUCUGUCUGGAUGGCGCAGAACCAAAGAGAACUUGCCCUUCAAAGACAGGAUAGCAGAUGCCUAUUCUGAUGUGAUGGUCACCUAUACCAUGACCAGCUCCCUGUACUUCAUCGCUUUUGGCAUGGGUGCCAGCCCUUUCACAAACAUAGAGGCUGUGAAGGUCUUCUGUCAAAACAUGUGUGUCUCCAUUCUGUUGAACUACUUCUACAUUUUCUCCUUCUUUGGCUCCUGUCUGGUCUUUGCUGGCCAACUAGAGCAAAACCGCUACCACAGCAUCUUUUGCUGUAAGAUCCCUUCUGCAGAAUACCUGGAUCGCAAACCUGUGUGGUUCCAGACAGUGAUGAGUGAUGGGCAUCAACAGACGUCCCAUCAUGAGACGAACCCCUACCAGCACCACUUCAUUCAGCACUUCCUCCGUGAACAUUAUAAUGAAUGGAUUACCAAUAUAUAUGUGAAGCCAUUUGUCGUCAUCCUCUAUCUCAUUUAUGCCUCCUUCUCCUUCAUGGGGUGCUUACAGAUCAGUGACGGAGCCAACAUCAUCAAGCUACUAGCCAGUGAUUCGCCAAGUGUUUCCUAUGCCAUGGUUCAGCAGAAAUAUUUCAGCAACUAUAGCCCUGUGAUAGGAUUCUAUGUCUAUGAGCCUCUAGAGUACUGGAACAGCAGCGUCCAGGAUGACCUAAGAAGACUCUGUAGUGGAUUCACUGCAGUGUCCUGGGUGGAGCAGUACUACCAGUUCCUGAAAGUCAGCAACAUCAGUGCCAAUAACAAAAGUGACUUCAUCAGUGUCCUGCAAAGCUCAUUUUUAAAAAAGCCGGAAUUCCAGCAUUUUCGAAAUGAUAUCAUCUUCUCCAAGGCAGGGGAUGAAAGCAAUAUCAUUGCUUCUCGCUUGUAUCUGGUGGCCAGGACUAGCAGAGACAAGCAGAAAGAAGUCAUAGAAGUGUUGGAAAAGCUGAGGCCCCUAUCCCUCUCAAAGAGCAUCCGAUUCAUCGUGUUCAACCCCUCCUUUGUCUUCAUGGACCAUUACAGCUUGUCUGUCACAGUGCCUGUUCUGAUUGCAGGCUUUGGUGUUCUCCUGGUGUUAAUCCUGACUUUUUUCCUAGUGAUCCACCCUCUGGGAAACUUCUGGCUAAUUCUUAGCGUCACCUCAAUUGAGCUGGGCGUUCUGGGCUUAAUGACAUUAUGGAACGUCGACAUGGAUUGCAUUUCUAUCUUGUGCCUUAUCUACACCUUAAAUUUUGCCAUUGACCACUGUGCACCACUGCUUUUCACAUUUGUAUUAGCAACUGAGCACACCCGAACGCAAUGUAUAAAAAGCUCCUUGCAAGAGCAUGGGACAGCCAUUUUGCAAAAUGUUACUUCUUUUCUUAUUGGGUUAGUCCCCCUUCUAUUUGUGCCUUCGAACCUGACCUUCACACUGUUCAAAUGCUUGCUGCUCACUGGGGGUUGCACACUUCUGCACUGUUUUGUUAUUUUACCUGUGUUCCUAACGUUUUUCCCCCCUUCCAAAAAGCACCACAAGAAAAAGAAACGUGCCAAGCGAAAGGAGAGAGAGGAAAUUGAAUGCAUAGAAAUUCAAGAAAACCCGGAUCACGUCACCACAGUAUGAGGGGUAUAGACCAGUGGAUUAUCUUUCUUUUCCAGUAUUGCACAAUGACGCAGGGCAAGUAAAGCUCAGACCUCAGCGGCUUGGGCUGGCCAGGGGUAACAAGGCAAGUCAGAUCAAGAGUGCAUUAUUCAUGACACUUCAAGGUGUCUGCUUCUUGGGGGGAAGAGGGAAUAAAAAAAGAGGAGAAAGUUAUUUGCAACCUUGUUCUCCUUUAAAAACAAGUUUCUGGAUGUAAUCUGAGAGCUCUUCCAAGGAAUGGAUGAAUCAAUGGAGUGUUAAGAUAGAAGGCCCAAAGAACCAGCUGCUUUUAAAAAUAAAAUGCUUAAGAGUGAUGGAGAAGCAAGGAAAGGUGUCCUUCAGAUAGGGGGAAAGACGUAGGAAAUGUGCCAUGGCACUUUUCAUGCUUGUUUUUUGAACAGGUUGGUCAAAGGAAGCCUAUGCACUUGGGAAGUACAUAUUUAAUACUGUCUAAACCAAAGGACUUCCCAAUCCAUUUUAUGUGUACAUAUAUAUGUAUAUAUCCCAUAUAUACAUAUACUCAGUUUUGUCUUUAGUGUACAUUGACGUUUAUGUGGAGGGUGGUGUCCAUUUGAAGAUAGACUGGCCUUUUCCUAGAAAGUCAAAUCAACCUUAGCCAAAUUUAUAGAUUCAUUAAUAGCCAUUCUAAAUCAACCCAAGUGUCUCAGCAGUAAGAGUGUCAUUCAACUGUGGGAUGAGCAAAAUAAACAGAGAUGUGAGUUCAUUAGAUUAUGCAUAUCAUGUCAGCAGUCAUCUAGACUUUUGCUUUGGAUGACUUCACAAAAAAAAAAAAAAAACACAAAAGGCAUUUGAGUUAAUUACCACAUGGACAAGGUUUACAGUUUCAUAUUAGAAAUAAACAGUUGAUAUGGAUUUUCAUUGGCUUUUACUGUAUUUGGAAGGCUGAUAUGGCUGCUUUCAGUGAGCUCACCCAACUGCAAAUGAGCACUUUACACAGAUUAUCCAUACAUGUUUCUAAGGGUGCACAAGGAUGUGUAUGUGAGUUGGGGUACUCCAUAGUUAUACCGUUCUUAUUUUAGAUAGGGAAAAUAACUGCCAUGGAAUAUAGAUAAUUAACACAGGAGAAAGGAGACAUAACUAGGAAACUCGUAGAGUGAAAUAGAAUAAAAUGGACCAUACCCACUCAUCACGUGCCAUCUACUGGUUCUUAGUGUAAGGAAACUAUUCUAAUCCUAUAAACUCUAGUGCAUUCCUUGCAUUAGUAUUUGGAACAUAACCCAGGCCAUGAUUACUAUAGUAGUGGUCACUAUACCUAUUGCAGUAUCAUUUGUAGCUUCUUGCAAUAGUGUUGGUCUUGUUACCUGGAAAGUGCUCCUCAGUUGGCCCACCUCCUAGGGUGAUGGCAGCUCUCCACAGGUGGGAUAUUAACUAUAACCGCUGCUGAAUUCUUUCUCAAACAAAAGUACUGAGGUAAAAUGUUUUCAUUAAGUUAAAGUAUAGAACUACUCCCAAGCACCUGUUGGGUGCUUACUUGGACUAAUGCUGUGCUUCCUGUCACAGGAAAUUACUAGAAAAUGCCUUUUUCCAUGCCAAGCAGUAACGUAAUUUAUUUCCAGGUAGGACAGAAUAAAUGUCCAAUGAUUAUAAAAUCUGCUAGUAAGCUCUUUUACCUAGAAGAAAGCUACUAUUUCCCAUCAACUUUGGUUCUAUAUUUUAAUCAAAUUAAUAAUAAUAUCUAAAAUAACAAAACUCCUUGACUCAAUUAAAUUCAGAAAAAAGAUACAAACCAUUCCAUUCUUGUUACAGUCUCUGGAAGUGAAGUUGAUAGACUAAUGAAAUAACAAAACAAGUAUACUUAGACAUAUAACUUUCCAGAAUAUAAAGGGGAAAGGGAACAGACCCUAAAAUGAAAACCUUUAAGUAGUAUUUCAUUUAUUAAAUGGAGUUUGUUUGGUUUUACCUUGAAGUAAUUGGGUUUCAACAGGAAAUGAUCUAUGUCUUCUCCAUUGUGUCAGUUUCAGUGCAAUAUCUAUAGAUUUGAGUGUGGAAAAUUAUUACCCAUAACCAUAGGGUUACUGUUUUUACAUUAUUUGUAAAGUCAUGUCACAAAUACUCCUAGCCUUUUGUCUCAUGAACUGCUGUGCUAGAAUGAACUGGUAUUUGGUACGAGUAGCCUUCAGACUAUGAUCUCAUAUCUGAAGUAGAAGUUUCAGAGGAGGUUUUUGGUUUGGGUUUUGAUUUUUUGUUUGGGUGGGGGUUUUGUAGUGGGGGUGCAGGGAGGAGGAGAAUUCCUCUUACAGAUUACCCAUCAUUUGUAAAGAUUUUUAGUUUUUUGGCAUCCCUUUCAAAAUAUGGGAGAUAAUCACUGACAAAGUUAAUUAACUAUCACUCCUUUUCUUCCCAUUGUGUGCCAUGCUACACUCAUUCACCUAUUUUUUAAAAGAUUGGCUAUUGGGGUUGGCUUUUUUCUUGGUUCCCAUAGACCAUUCUGCAUGCAAAGAAGAAUGGCAGGCUGAUUUACAGAGAAAGAAUCAAGCAUGCCAGUUGUCAAAAGCACAUGGAGGAAAUGGCAUAUACUGCCAAAUGACCAGGGCAGAUCUAAUAUUAUGUCUCCAUCCAGAUAGUCUCUGUUUGGAUAGGGAAGAACAGUUCUUCUUUUUUAGUUUAUAUCUUCAAGAAUCAAAGUGUCUAAGAUAAAUAUGAAUUUCUCAUUGUUCGAGUGACUAGAGGGCAUUUUGGAGGGAACAUUAUCUUUUUCAGGACACCAUAGUACUCUUUAGAGAACUGUAGCAAUAAUUUACUGAAAUGGAAUUAUUUGUUCUGGAAGAGUUAAUAUACCAUCUAAAAUGGCUUAACGCAGUCCUAGGAAGUAAUUUAAUCCUAAGAAGAAUCUAACAGAGCAUCAUCCGACCUCCCAACCUCACUGUGAAACAGAUGUUUCCAAGAAUUCCAUUUCCUGAAUACUAAGAUACAUCCUAAGAUAUGAGAUCAUGAUUUGCAGGUCAUCCCCAAUCCCAACCUUUUUGGUAGCUUGUGUGCACUCUCCCUAGUUUUUCAAGUUUACAUUCAUUGUUUUGUUCAUUUAUGAACUACUAAUGCCGUUCAAAUUAGGAACUUAUCUAUGUCAGCAGAUGACCAGUCAACUCCUAAAAGAGAAGAAAUUUGUGGGAAAUAUGUCAGCUUUGUGUAAUAUUUUAUUUAAUUGAAACAUGUAUGCCCUUAAAGUAAGAGGUUAUAAAGUUUGAAAAAACUACUCCUUUUCUGUAUUUAAACUGGAAUGUGGAUUUAUUUCCUUCCAUCAGAAUUUAAAUUUGAAUUAGAAAGUGCCAUGUGAGCUCCACUCUCUUUGAUAUUAAUAAAGUUCAAAGAGGUACUCACCUAAAUUACAGAGAGAUCAGCUAAAAGUUAGAUUUUUUACUGCUUAUGGCUAAAGGUAAUCAUACCUUAGAGAUUUGAUUCUGUAGACCCGCCUUAAUUCUUUUUAAUGAAAGUCAUGUUUAGAUGUCUUCCCAGGAAUUCUGGCAGUGACUGUGAACCUCUUUGAAGGUCCUGCAUGAGUAUUCUAUGCAAGAACUAUUCUCCUCUGUUGUCGUAUCAUGUAAGUGGCUCUUUCCUAUUUGAUUCCCAUUUAUUUCCACAGAAUUUAGGUUUUUACCUUGUGAGGUGAGAAGAAUAAUGAUGACAAAUGUUUUAUGAUGCUAUUAUAGUUAUUCUUGAAUGUUGAAUUCAAGACAGUAAAAGCUUUGUCCAUUUUGUAAUUAUUUAUCGCAUUUUCCCAUAAUAAGCUAAUCCUUCUAGGCUUGUGGUUAGAGCUAAGGAUUAACUAUUGCCAUUAAGAAUUACCUGUAUUUUUGGGGUGGAGCCAUGAUGGCCGAAUAGGCACAGCUCCGGUCUACAGCUCCCAGCGUGAACGAUGCAGAAGACGGGUGAUUUCUGCAUUUCCAUCUGAGGUACCGGGUUCAUCUCACUAGGGAGUGCCAAACAGUGGGUGCAGGACAGUCGGUGCAGUGCGCCGUGCUUGAGCCAAAGCAGGGUGAGGCAUUGCCUCACUCGGGAAGUGCAAAGGGUCAGGGAGUUCCCUUUCCUAGUCAAAGAAAGGGAUGGCAGACGGCACCUGGAAAAUCGGGUCACUCCCACCCUAAUACUGC